AGAUUUUAGCUUAAAACUAAAAUGAUGUGCAUAUUUAAGUGAUAAAAUAUAUAAAACCAUAAUAUUGUGACACUGGUAAUAGCAACUAAAUGUGUGUUUAAAAAGCAGCUGCAGAUCGCUCCAUAAAUCAAGGCCAGAACAGCCCUUUGGGCCCUAGUAGUGCAGAGCUCCUUGGAAAUUAAUUAUUAAUGCAUCUGCCGGGAACACUUUCUGCCGCUGGCCUUGGCAGCCGAUGCGAGUGCUCGGAGUGACAGCCUGAAAUCGUCUAUUGUGAUUACCGCAGCAGCAACAGCAACAACUGCAACAGCUGCAGUAGCAACAAUGGCCAGUGGCAACAAUGAAACUGCGCCGCUCUACUGCGGCAGCGGCAUGGACAAUUUCCACACAAGCUACAAAAACAUGCACGGCUACGUCUCCCUGGUGGUGUGCAUCCUCGGAACCAUUGCCAACACCCUGAACAUCAUAGUCCUGACCCGACGGGAGAUGCGCUCCCCCACCAAUGCCAUCCUCACGGGCCUGGCGGUGGCUGACCUGGCGGUUAUGUUGGAGUACAUACCCUACACCAUACACGACUACAUCCUCACCGACAGCCUGCCGCGGGAGGAAAAGCUCAGCUACAGCUGGGCCUGCUUCAUCAAGUUCCACUCGAUCUUCGCCCAGGUCCUCCACACCAUAUCCAUCUGGCUGACAGUGACCCUGGCCGUGUGGCGCUACAUAGCCGUGGGCUAUCCCCAGAAGAACCGGGUUUGGUGCGGCAUGCGAACCACCAUCAUAACGAUUACCACGGCGUAUGUGGUGUGUGUGCUGGUGGUGUCCCCCUCGCUGUACCUGAUCACCGCGAUCGCUGAGUUCAUGGACCAGCUGGAUGCCCAGGGCAAGGUGAUAGGCUCGAUUCCGAUGACCCAGUAUGUGAUUGACUACCGAAAUGAGCUCCUCCAAGGCGUCAAGGCGGCUGACCCGAAUACUUCGAUGACCGAGACGGCUGCGAACGAGACCAUGUGGCUGAAUGUUAGUGCCCUGAUAACAUCGACCACCACAACGGCUGCUCCGCCCACUCCCUCGCCGGUGGUGCAAAACGUGACGGUCUAUAGGUUGUACCACAGCGACCUGGCGCUGCACAACACCUCCCUGCAAAACGCCACCUUCCUGAUAUACAGCGUGGUGAUUAAACUAAUUCCCUGCAUCGCCCUGACCAUCCUCUCGGUACGACUGAUCCUGGCCUUGCUGGAGGCCAAGCGGCGGCGUAAGAUGCUUACCAGCAAGCCGACAGCAGCUGCCACGGCGGCCAGCAACGGGACCAAAUCCACGAACGGCAAGGCAGCCGAUCGCCCCAGGAAGAACAGCAAGACCCUGGAGAAGGAGAAGCAGACGGAUCGCACCACCAGGAUGCUACUGGCAGUGCUGUUGCUCUUUCUCAUAACGGAGUUUCCGCAGGGCAUCAUGGGUCUCCUCAACGCCCUGCUGGGAGAAGCUUUCUAUUUUCAGUGCUACCUAAGACUGAGCGACCUUAUGGACAUCUUGGCCCUGAUUAACUCCAGCAUCAACUUCAUACUCUACUGCUCCAUGAGCAAGCAGUUCCGCACCACAUUCGCGCUGCUCUUUCGACCCAAGUUCUUGGACAAGUGGCUUCCUGUGGCUCAGGACGAAGUGGCGGCCGCCCGGGCGGAGCGCUCUGCUGUGGCACCCGCCCUCGCAAAGGGCCAGCAGAGGCCACAGCUGGUGGUGGCUACCACAACCACCAAUAUCACACAGGUGACGAACCUGUAGCACAGGAAUCGUCGAGGCAACAGCCGCAGCUUGCUCAGCCGGCUGCUCAGCGUCCUGAAGCUGCGGCGUGUGGAAGCCCGCGGUCCUGUGGCCGAUGGCGGAGAAGCGCUGGAUCCGUCACUGCACUUUCAGGCGAUUGUUGUGGUUGUGGACAAGGCGAGUGGGGCGACGGAGAACCAGCUUUUCGCUGCAGAACAAGCUCCGAAUGUAACGUAAUUUAUACAAAUUCGAAGAUGUUUCCUUGUAGAGAUAAAUGCUAGUUUAAGGAUUUGGGCAUCGAGUUUGUUGCAUUCUUAUGACCCGGCCAGGAAGAGAUUCCUCUCGAGAGGGCAAGCCAUAAAAAUGUUAUUGAAAAGUUCAGCUCUUCCACAAAAAUCGAAUCAAAAACGUUUAGGCUGCUAGGCUUUGGAAAUUUAAACAAUUUUCUUGUUGAUUUCAUUCGGCUACGACUCUGUAUGCAGUUUGUAAUAUGCAUGCUGGCUCGGAAUCCAACUAACAACACUCCAAACUACGAAUUUUUGGCAACGAUUUAAGCAGAAUAUUUGAAAAAUAAUGUACAUACACAUAGGCUAAAUAAUUUAAUAAAAAGUACGCAAGGAAUGCCUGGCGAAUAAUUUAUAAACUUUAGUUGAGGAAUCUUAAAGGCAACCUUUAAAUAAUUCAGUUGCUGUGCACUGAGAUAGUUGAAUAAAGAUAAUGGAAAUUCUUUGGUAA